AUGCCGCCCGCCAAAGCCAGCCGGGAGUCUUCAGGCGAAGCAACCGGCCACACAUCCCUGCCGUUGGCCAGGAUAAAACGGAUCAUUCGAGCGGACGAGGAUAUAGUACAAUGCUCUACGAACGCGACCUUCCUUAUCGCUGUGGCGACGGAGAUGUUCGUUCAGUAUCUCACCGAGCAAGGAUAUAAUGUGGUCAAAUCCAACAACCUGAAGAAUCUACGAUACGCAGAUAUAGCCACUGCUGUUUCGCGUAUCGACAACCUCGAAUUCCUAUCGGACGUGAUACCGAAGACGACCACGUACGGGAAAUUCAAAGAGAAGCGGGCAAAGGAAAAGGCAAAGGAAGACGGCCAAGUUGCGAACCAGCGGACGCUAAAGGAGAUGCAAGUACGCCAGAAUGGGACGCCAGAGCACUCGCGGGAGGAAUCAAUGGUUGACGUGGGUGAGCAGAACGUGAACGAGCUGUCUCCGCGUCCGCCGAUGGUCAUACACGCCUCGCAAUCCCGGAGCAGGCUGGUCGACGAAGGGUCAGCCCAGCAACGGCCGAGCAAGGAUGACGACGACGACGUCGAGAUGGCACUUUAA